GUUAAUAAAGAAUGCAAGAAAAAAGAGAGUAUGAAAAUAGAAGAGGCUCUUUGUCUAUAUCUGCUUUAUUAAAUGAGGAUACAAUUGAUCCAAUAAAUUCAAACCCGUCUAUAAUAAUAGCUGAAAAUAAUCAACCUCUUCCUUCUCUACCUUCACCUUCACCACCACCACCACCACCACCACCACCACCGCCACUGCUACCGCCAUUGUCACAUAGGCCAUCCAGUGAUGCAAUAACAACAACAACUUCUACUGAAUCUCAUCUUUCUAAAGCAAAAAGGAAAAGAAUUUCACCUCAUCAAUACAGUAGAUUAAUGGAAACAUUUCAUUUAACUGAUACCCCAAGUUCUGAGAUCAGAGAAAAUCUUGCUUUAGAAUUAAAAAUGACUAAAAGAGAAGUACAAGUUUGGUUUCAAAAUAGAAGAGCAAAGAUGAGUAGGCUAAAGAACAUGAAUAAAUCUCAUCACCAGCAGCAACAACAACAACAGUCAUCAACUAUUGAUUGUUAUUCUAUGAAACCUACUAGAAGACCAUCUGCACAUUCUUUACUUGAAAGUCAUUAUCAUAAUCCAUAUCCACAGCCUGUUGUAAAGAAUCUCCCUUCAUUACAUAAUCAUCCUUAUUUAUAUAAACAACCUAAAGAAUCUGCAAUCGAUUUACUAGCUUCUGCUGCAGAAUAUGUUCAAACUGAUAGUGCAGAAGAAAAAGAAAUAAAUUAGUUGUAUCUGUACUAUUCACAUUAUUACAUAAUAUAUGCAUAUUAUAAUUAACCGGUUACACGAAUAAACUAUAUUAUUGCACAGAAUGCAUCUCUUAA